CAUUUUGCAGAUACAUAAAUUUUAGACGGGCCGACGGAUUUCAUGGCAAGAGACGGAGACGCGCUGACAGCAUCUGUCGGCUGUAAUUCGCUUCGCGCGCCUUUCUGGCUACUGCCUUCACCCACACAACGAGAUAUGAUAACUGCAGGGAAGAGAUGCUACAAGUCACUCAGGUGCUGCUCCAACAGCAGUGCUACCCUAGAAGUUCAGGACUGGCCAGCUUCGAGAAGUGGUAGCUUCAAGUAUCGGUCGAGAAUUCGUAGUUGAUGUGCGAAUAUCUUAUCCAGGUCGCCACAGCAGCGUCUGAACUCUUUUUCUGACGCACUUAGUGACGACAAUGGCUGAGGUAGAGACAGCUCAAGAGGUUCAUGAUCAGCAGGCUUCAAGUGUCUGCAGUGAGGAAAGCGCUACUCUCAGUGACUGUGGCUCUGGAAGCGACAUCAUAAUAACUCAGCAGCAGACUGACGUUUCUCAGCUCAUGUACAGCCCUCAUGCCGUUUGGGUCGUCGAUCCGUCGACAUUAUCUGGCCAGAAUGCGCUCACUUUCAUGCAGAGCUUUCAGGGUUACUCUGCAGAGCAGCUCGCGUCCCUGUAUCAGCAGUAUCAGGCAUUGAGUGCAUAUGCUGCCGUAGUCCACCAGCCAUACCUUGGCACGCUCACCAAUUACAGUGAUUCGUGUCAAAGCGCUACUUCAGAACUUCAGUCAGACGCCAAUCAGCAGAACAUGAUGGAUAUCGAGGCGAUGCUGCAGCGCCUCAACCCAAAUGCGGAGGAGUACGUGCCUUCAUCAGUGCAGCACAGGCCGACUGCUGUUGUUCGGACUAUUCCAUCAAGGCUCGCUUCUUCCAAGAAGAAUUCCUUGAAGAAGGCGCAGAAGGUUCCUGCUUGUCCUGAACGAUGGCGACGACAGCCAAGAACGGCGCAGAUCUCCACCGAAGAAUCCGUCAAGAGGACCGUCUAUGUCUCUGACAUUGAUCAGCAGGUUACAGAGGAACAGCUUGCUACACUUUUCUUGUCCUGCGAUCAGGUCAUUGAUUGUCGAAUUUGUGGAGAUCCAAAUUCCAUCCUUAGAUUCGCUUUUGUGGAGUUCACAAAUGAAGAGGGAGCAAAGAAAGCCCUGACUAUAGCUGGAACCAUGCUGGGCUAUUAUCCACUCCGAGUCUUGCCUUCAAAGACUGCCAUUCUGCCUGUCAACCCCAACUAUUUACCUAAGAGUCAGGGCGAGAAGGAAAUGUGUGCUCGUACUAUUUAUUGUACAAACAUCGACAAGAAGGUUGCCCAGUCUGAUGUGAAGCUGUUCUUUGAGUCACUUUGCGGAGAGGUUUCACGCCUUCGCUUGCUUGGGGACUGUCAGCACCCCACCAGGAUUGCCUUCGUGGAGUUCGUGAUGGCGGAGAGUGCUAUGGCUGCUCUGAAUUGCAGUGGAGCCAUAUUGGGUAGCCUCCCAAUCAGGGUCAGCCCAUCUAAGACCCCUUUGCGGCCUAGGGGUCCACGGCAACAUCUCCUACGCUAGCCCUGGCCAGACUGCGUCACACCUUUGGUCAAAGCCCCAAGACUGCAAGAUCAAAUUCCUGGACGCCUUGCAAUCAGAGUGUACAGAAGGGUUGCUUUACCACCCUGUUGCUUUGCGUUGUCUACGGUUUAGUGUAUCAAUGUCCCUGUCCACCUCAUAUUUAGCGCAAGCUAAUGAUCUGUCAUCCUCUCUACACCGAGCAAUGUUGUAUAAUAGCAACAAGGGCAUUUUCUUAAAACAUGC